GUAUACUACAACUACUUCAAGUGGCUCUAUGCAGCAGACUGGGCUGCCCUCUAGGGCCGUGAGGCCCAAGGUGAAGGUGGACACUUCCAAGUUCAUGACUCCGUACCUGGCCCACAGCCAGAAGAUGCUGGAGCAGUUCAGCCACAAUAAAUACAGACAGGCCUAUGAGCUGUCCAAAGGGACUCCUCCUGCUGCCAUCACGGACACCCCCGAGAUGAUCCGCAUCAGGAAGGCCCAGGAGCAGCUCAGCGAGGUGAAAUACCGGAUGGAGGGUAACAAGGUUCGAACAACGAGUUUGUAUGACGGAGAGGCCAUAGAGAUUGCCCAUGUCAAGCGUGUCUCUGAGCUCGUCAGCAAGGUCCUGUACAGGCAGAAGUGGGAUGAAACCAAGGACCGCUAUCUGCUGCCUCCUGAUGCUCCUGAGCUGGUUCUGGCUGUGAAGAAUGCUGCUAACUACAGCAAAAAACUGUACACUGAUGACUGGAAUGAGGAGAAGACCACGUACUUCCCGUACAGCGACAGCCCUGAGCUGCGUAGAGUGGCCAAGGCUCAGGAGGUCCUCAGUGAUGUUCAGUAUAAGAAGGGUCAUGACGAACGCAAAGCCAAGUACACCUCGCUGGCUGAUCCUCCUGAAGUGGAACUGGCCAAGAGAGUGGCUCUUCAGCGCAGUGAUCUGAAGUACAAGGAGGAUUAUAAUAAAAACGUGAGGGGACAGUGGUGUGAGACGCCAUACUUUGACGUCGCCACUGCCCGAGUCGCUAUGGAUAACCUCAGCCAUAGAAAAUACACGCAAGAAUUUGAAAAUAUCAAAGACCAAAUAUAUUUCAUGCAAACAGAGACGCCCGUUUAUGACACGCAAAAGAAGGCUCGCAUUUCCGCCAGCGAGGUCCAGUAUAAGAAGGAAUACGAAAAGACGAAAAUGAAGUCUGACUACAACACGCUCCCCGCAACAGAAAACCCCCUCCUACGACAGCUACGUUACGCCGGCACGAUCCUCAGUGAUAAAGUGUAUAAAGCCAGCUAUGAAAAGUCGAGAGGUUUCAGCAUCAACUACUGUGACACGCCCAAAUUCCAGAUGGACUCGGUUCUUAAGAAGUUCUCAGACGCACAUUACAAAGACAAGUAUGAGGACGAGGUGAAGGGACACUACAUCGGCAGCUAUGAGGAUCUGUACAUGCUUCACUGCCAGAAAGUUGAAGAAUUUAAGAAAGAUCAAUUAUACAAAGCAGACUAUGAAGACAUCAAGACGAGAUGUUUCUUCCCUCAAACCAUCACGCCCGAGUAUGAAGCUACCAAGAAGCUUCAGAGUUGUAGUGAUAAAGUUUAUCGACAACAUCCGGACAAAGUGAAGUUCACACAGGUCACAGAUAAUCCCGUCAUGGUUCAAGCGUUAGUCAACGCCAAACAACUCAGCGAUCUGAACUACAAAAAGCAGUACGAGGAGAUGAAGUUCAAGAACAGCCUUCCCCCAGACUAUCCCUUCUUUGUCCAGUCCAGAGUAAACGCUUACAACCUCAGUGAUAAUUGCUAUAAGUAUGACUGGGAGAAAACUAAAGCCAAGAAGUUUGAAGUUAAGGGUGACACAAUUUCAAUCCUGGCAGCCCGCGCCCACACUAACAUUGCUAGUGAUGUUAAAUACAAGAAGGAGUAUGAGAAGAAUAAAGGACGUAUGGUUGGCGCUCUUAGCAUCAAUGAUGACCCUAAGAUCUUGCAUUCAGUUCAUGUGGCUAAGAUUCAAAGUCAUAAAGAGUACAUCAAGGACUAUGAAAAGAUUAAGACGAAAUACCACACCCCUCUGGACAUGAUCUCCUUGACAACGGCCAAAAAGAACCAGGCCAUCGCGAGUAUGGCCGGAUACAGGAAAAUCAGCAGCAACUACUUCUUGCCCUAUGACAGUGUGCUGCUUGACCUGGCCAAGAAAGCCAACAUCAUCCAGAGUGACAACGAGUACAAAUCUGACUACAACACUUACGUGAAAGGCUCUCCCUGGGUUACCUUUGGCUCUAUGGAAGUGGAGAAGGCCAAGAAGGCGGCUGAAAUCCUCGAUGAGAAAAAGUACAGACAGCACCCAGACACUAUUCCCUUCACUGCCAUCGAUGAUCACCCAAUUAUGAUGCAGGCCAAGGUCAACCAGCUGCAGAGAAGCGAUCUGUUUUACAAGAAAGGCUUGGAAGAGAUCCAUCAGAAAUACUCUCUGCCUCCAGAUGCCCCUGAGUUCCUUCAGGCCAAAUGCAAUGCCUACAACAUGAGCAACAAAAACUACAAGCAGGCCUGGCUGGAGCAUAUUGCAAAGGGUUACGACCUGAGACCUGAUGCCAUCCCUGUGAUUGCUGCUAAAGCUGCUCGCCACGCUGCCAGUGACGUCCAGUAUAAGAAGGCGUUUGUGAAAUCCAAGGGACGCCAUGUUGGUUUCCGCAGCCUACAGGAUGACCCUCUCCUGGUUCACUACAUGGAGAUGGCUAAACACCAGAGCGACAAAAACUACAAGAAGGACUACCACAAGUCCAAGCUGAAGUACCACUCCCCAGUCGACAUGAUGAGCAUUGUCCAUGCCAAACAGGCCACCAAAGCUCAGACCAUGGCUGGGUACAAGAAGAUCCCUCACAGCUACUGCCUCCUGCCUGGAGCCAUGAACUUGGAACUGGCCCGUACUAUGAACUUUAACCAAAGUGAUGUGAACUACAAAAUGGAUUAUGAGACCUCGGUGAAGGGCAGUGCCUGGGUGCCCAUUGGGUCUCUGGAGGUGGAGAAAGCUAAAGCUGCAGCCUCAGCACUGGAUGAGAAGAAGUACAGACAGCAUCCAUCCAACUUCAAAUUCACCAGUGGCAUGGACUCAAUGAUGAUGGAGCUUGCCAAGACCAACAGCAGGAACCUCAAUGUGAAAGACUAUAAAGCCAGUGGAGAGAAGUUCAUGCACACUUACCACCUUCCUGCUGAUGCACCUGAAUUUCAACAAGCUAGAUACAACGCUGUCAACAUCAGCCAGAACUUCUAUACCUACUCUCACCGCCGGGACCUCCUGAAAGGACAUCACAUGAAGGAAGAUGCUAUUCCUGUGGUUGCUGCAAAAAGUUCCCGGGACAUUGCCAGUGAUUACAAGUACAAGCUGGCCUAUCAGAAAGCCAAGGGACGCCAUGUUGGUUUCCGCAGCCUGCAGGAUGACCCUCUCCUGGUUCACUACAUGGAGGUGGCUAAACACCAGAGCGAUAAGAACUACAAGAAGGACUACCACAAGUCCAAGCUGAAGUACCACACCCCAGUCAACAUGCUGAGCAUGGUCCAUGCUAAAGAGGCUACUAAAGCUCAGACCAUGGCUGGGUACAAGAAGAUCCCUCACAGCUACUGCCUCCUGCCUGACAAUAUGAACCUGCAGCUGUGCCGUACCAUGAUGGAUAUCCAGAGUGAUAACCAGUACAAGUCUGAGUACAACAACUACAGCAAAGGCACUGGGUGGGUCCCCAUUGGCUCCAUUCCGGUUGAAUUGGCUAAAGCUGCCACAACUGCCCUGGAUGACAAAGGUUACCGUCAACACCCGAGCAACUUCAAAUUCACCAGCAAAACUGAUGCUAUGCACAUGGCUCUCGCCCUGGCCAACACCAAGAUCAUGGAUAAAGCUUCUUACAAGGCUUCUGGUGAGAAGUUUGUGCACACUUACAACCUCCCUGUGGAUAGCCCUGAAUUCCUCCAGGCUAAAUUCAAUGCCCAAACCCUUAGCGAGAGUUACUAUAAGCACAAGUGGCUGGAGACCAUUGCUAAAGGUUAUGACAUGAAGCCUGAUGCUAUUCCCAUUCUGCAUGCCAAGCAGGGAAGACACAUCGCUAGUGAUGUCCAGUACAAGAAGGAGUUUGUGAAAUCCAAGGGACGCCAUGUUGGUUUCCGCAGCCUGCAGGAUGACCCACUCCUGGUUCACUACAUGGAGGUGGCUAAACACCAAAGUGAAAAGAACUACAAGAAGGACUACCACAAGUCCAAGCUGAAGUACCACACCCCAGUCGACAUGCUGAGCCUGAUCCAUGCUAAAGAGGCUACUAAAGCUCAGACCAUGGCUGGGUACAAGAAGAUCCCUCACAGCUACAUGCUUUUGCCUGACAAUUUGCACCUGCAGCUGUGCCGUACCAUGAACACCCAGGCUAGUGAUACUGAAUACAAAUCAGAAUACAACAACUUUGUCAGGGGCUGUGGCUGGGUGCCCAUUGGGUCACUCCCAGUGGAAACCGCUAAAGUUGGUGGAGACAUUCUGAGUGAGAGAAGGUAUCGCACCCAUCCAUCUGUCUUCAAAUACCAUAAACUCAUGGACUCUAUGGAUGUUGCUCUGGCCACUGCCAAUAACCAGAUCAUGAACAAGAAAGCCUAUACUGAGAAAUGGGAGAAGGACAAGACCACUAUCCAUGUCAUGCCUGAUGCUAUGGAUGUUCUCCUGGCUAAAGCUAAUGCUCUCAAUAUGAAUCAGAAACUUUACAAAGCCGGAUUGGUGGAAAUGGCCCUCAAAGGUCACAACAUGAAGGCAGAUGCCAUCCCAAUUGUGGCUGCCAAGAGUGGCACUAUUAUUGCUAGUGAUUACAAGUACAAGCUGGCCUUUCAGAAAGCCAAGGGACACCAUGUUGGUUUCCGCAGCCUGCAGGAUGACCCUCUCCUGGUUCACUACAUGGAGGUGGCUAAACACCAAAGUGAUAAGAACUACAAGAAGGACUACCACAAGUCCAAGCUGAAGUACCACACCCCAGUCGAUAUGAUGAGCAUUACCCACGCCAAACAGGCCACCAAAGCUCAGACAAAUGCUGGCUACAAACAGAUUUCACACAGCAACGUGCUGAUGCCUGAUGCCAUGAACUUGGUGUUGGCACGAACCAUGAACACCAUCUGCAGUGAUGUGGAAUACAAAUCAGAAUACAACAACUUUGUCAGGGGCUGUGGUUGGGUGCCCAUUGGGUCACUCCCAGUGGAAACCGCUAAAGUUGGUGGAGACAUUCUGAGUGAGAGAAGGUAUCGCACUCAUCCAUCUGUCUUCAAAUAUCAUAAACUCAUGGACUCUAUGGAUGUUGCUCUGGCCACUGCCAACAACCAGAUCAUGAACAAGAAAGCCUAUACUGAGAAAUGGGAGAAGGACAAGACCACUAUCCAUGUCAUGCCUGAUGCUAUGGAUGUUCUCCUGGCUAAAGCUAAUGCUCUCAACAUGAACCAGAAACUUUAUAAAGCUGGACUGGUGGAAAUGGCUCUGAAGGGUCACAACAUGAAGGCAGAUGCCAUCCCAAUUGUGGCCGCUAAGACUGGCACCAUUAUUGCUAGCAAUUACAAGUACAAGCUGGCCUUUGAGAAAGCCAAGGGACACCAUGUUGGUUUGCGCAGCCUGCAGGACGAUCCUCUCCUGGUUCACUAUAUGGAGGUGGCUAAACACCAGAGCGAUAAAAACUACAAGAAGGACUACCACAAGUCCAAGCUGAAGUACCACUCCCCAGUCGACAUGAUGAGCAUUGUUCACGCCAAACAGGCCACCAAAGCUCAGACCAAUGCUGGCUACAAACAGAUUUCACACAGCAACAUGCUCCUCCCUGAUGCCAUGAACUUGGAACUGGCUCGUAACAUGCAGUUCAUUGCCAGUGAUAAUCAGUACAAGAGUGAGUACCAGAACUACUUCAGAGGCCUGGGAUGGGUCCCCAUUGGGUCUCUGGACGUGGAAAAGGCCAGAAUCGCAGGUCAGAUUUUAAAUGAGAAAAAUUACCGCCAGCACCCAAGCCAAUUCAAAUUCACCAAAGACAUGCAGUCCAUGGAUGUGGCACUGGCCUCAGCGAACAACCAGAUCAUGAACAAGCAAGCCUAUAGUCAAGCCUGGGAGAAGGACAAGACUACUAUUCACCUUAUGCCUGAUGCUAUGGAUGUUGUGCUGGCUCGUGAAAAUAGAAAGAACUACAGUGUGAAACUAUACAAGUUGGACAAUGAGUUGGCAAAGAAGAAAGGACACAAUUUCCGUGCUGAUGCUAUUGCUGUCCAGGCUGCUAAGGCCUCCACAGCUAUUGCCAGUGAUUACAAGUACAAGACUGGAUACCGUAAGCAGGUUGGACAUCACAUUGGUGCUCGCAGCAUCCAGGACGACCCUCUGCUCAUGCUGGCUCUGAACUCCGCCAAAAUUGCCAGUGACGCUCUGUACAAGAAGGACUUCCACCAGUCCAAGACCAAGUUCCACCUGCCUGUGGACAUGCUGGCCUUUGAACUGGCCAAGAAGAACCAGAUUCAAGUCAACCACGCUAACUACAUCACAAGGCUGCACAACUGGACCUGUCUGCCCGACUCCAAUGAUGUGGUCCAGGCUAGAGCAGCUUAUGACAUCCAGAGUGACGCUGUGUACAAGGCUGAUCUGAAGUGGCUGAAAGGCCUUGGAUGGGUGCCCGUUGGUUCAAUUGAUGUUGAGAAAGUUAAAUAUGCGGGUAAAAUCCUUGAUGAGAAGAGUUAUCGUCAGCAUCCAAGCAACUUCAAGUUCACCAGUACUGCAGAGGAUAUGCCCAUGGCUCUGGCUAAGGCUAACAACCAGAUCAUGAACAAGAGUGCUUACACAGCUGCCUGGGAGAAGGACAAGACUUCCAUCCACAUUAUGCCCGAUGCCAUGGAUGUCCUCCUGGCCAAAGCCAACAAACUCAACUACAGUGUGAAAGCAUACAAGCAGGCCCAUGAGGACUCCAAGAAGAAGGGCUAUGACAUGCGCCAAGAUGCUAUUUCCAUUGUGGCUGCCAAGUCUUCAAGAGACAUUGCCAGUGAUUACAAGUACAAGGCAGGAUACCGUAAGCAGGUUGGACAUCACAUUGGUGCUCGCAGCAUCCAGGACGACCCUCUGCUCAUGCUGGCUCUGAACUCUGCCAGAAUUGCCAGUGAUGCUCUGUACAAGAAGGACUUCCACAAAUCCAAGACCAAGUUCCACCUCCCCGUGGACAUGCUGGCCUUUGAACUGGCCAAGAAGAACCAGAUUCAAGUCAACCAUGCUAACUAUAUCACAAAGCUGCACAACUGGACCUGCCUCCCCGACUCCAAUGAUGUUGUUCAGGCCAGAACAGCCUAUGACCUCCAGAGUGACGCUGUGUACAAGGCAGAUCUGAAGUGGCUGAAGGGUCUUGGGUGGGUACCCAUUGGUUCAAUUGAUGUUGAGAAAGUUAAAUACGCCGGUAAAGUCCUCAGUGAGAGGAACUACCGCCAGCAUCCAAGUAACUUCAAGUUCACCAGCACCACUGAAGACAUGCCCAUGGUUCUGGCUAAGGCCAACAACCAAAUCAUGAACCAGAAAUCUUAUGUUGAAGCCUGGAACAAUGACAAGACAAACAUCCACGUUAUGCCUGAUGCCAUGGAUAUCCUCCUGGCCAAAGCCAACAAUGUUAACUACAGCUUGAAAGCGUACAAACAGGCCCAUGAGGAGUCCAAGAAGAAGGGGUAUGACAUGCGCCAAGAUGCCAUUCCCAUUUUGGCAGCCAAAGCUUCAAGAGACAUUGCCAGUGAUUACAAGUACCAUGCAGGCUACCGUAAACAGGUUGGACAUCACAUUGGUGCCAGAUGUGUUCAGGACGACCCUCUGCUCAUGCUGGCCAUAAACUCCGCCAAAAUCGCCAGUGAUGCUCUGUACAAGAAGGACUUCCACAAGUCCAAGACCAAGUUCCACCUGCCUGUGGACAUGCUGGCCUUUGAACUGGCCAAGAAGAACCAGAUUCAAGUCAACCACGCUAACUACAUCACAAGGCUGCACAACUGGACUUGUCUGCCCGACUCCAAUGAUGUUGUUCAGGCCAGAACAGCCUAUGACCUCCAGAGUGACGCUGUGUACAAGGCAGAUCUGAAGUGGCUGAAGGGUCUUGGGUGGGUGCCCAUUGGUUCAAUUGAUGUUGAGAAAGUUAAAUAUGCUGGUAAAGUCCUCAGUGAGAGGAACUACCGCCAGCAUCCAAGUAACUUCAAGUUCACCAGCACCACUGAAGACAUGCCCAUGGUUCUGGCUAAGGCCAACAACCAAAUCAUGAACCAGAAAUCUUAUGUUGAAGCCUGGAACAAUGACAAGACAAACAUCCACGUUAUGCCUGAUGCCAUGGAUAUCCUCCUGGCCAAAGCCAACAAUGUUAACUACAGCUUGAAAGCGUACAAACAGGCCCAUGAGGAGUCCAAGAAGAAGGGCUAUGACAUGCGCCAAGAUGCCAUUCCCAUUUUGGCAGCCAAAGCUUCAAGAGACAUUGCCAGUGAUUACAAGUACCAUGCAGGCUACCGUAAACAGGUUGGACAUCACAUUGGUGCCAGAUGUGUUCAGGACGACCCUCUGCUCAUGCUGGCCAUAAACUCCGCCAAAAUCGCCAGUGAUGCUCUGUACAAGAAGGACUUCCACAAGUCCAAGACCAAGUUCCACCUGCCUGUGGACAUGCUGGCCUUUGAACUGGCCAAGAAGAACCAGAUUCAAGUCAACCACGCUAACUACAUCACAAGGCUGCACAACUGGACUUGUCUGCCUGACUCCAAUGAUGUUGUUCAGGCCAGAACAGCCUAUGACCUCCAGAGUGACGCUGUGUACAAGGCUGAUCUGAAAUGGCUGCAGGGUCUUGGUUGGGUGCCCAUAGGGUCUCUGGAUGUAGAGAAAGCUAAGAAAGCUGCAGAGAUUCUGAGUGAGAGGAAAUAUCGUCAGCACCCAAGCACUGUGCCUUUCACUAGCCCCACUGAUGCCAUGAAUCUUGUCCUGGCCAAGAACAAUGCCCAAACUAUGAACCAGCGCCUCUAUGUGGAAGCCUGGGAGAAUGACAAGACUAAGCUGCACAUCUUGCCUGACACUCCUGAGAUCAUCCUCUCUCAGCAAAACAGGAUCAAUAUGAGCCAGAAACUGUACAGACAAGGAUUUGAGGAGACCAUCAAGAAGGGCUACUUCCUGCCUGUGGAUGCCAUUUCUGUGAAGGCCGCUAAAGCUUCCAGGGAAAUUAUCAGUGAUUACAAGUACCAUGCAGGAUACCGUAAGCAAGUUGGACACCACAUUGGUGCCAGAUGUGUUCAGGACGAUCCUCUACUCGUGCUGGCAAUCAACUCUGCCAAAAUCGCUAGUGACGCUCUGUACAAGAAGGACUUCAACAAAUCCAAGACCAAGUUCAAUCUGCCUGUCGACAUGUUGAGUCUUGAAUUGGCCAAGAAAUGUCAGAUCCAAGUGAAUGAUUUCAACUACAGGACCAAGUUGCACCAGUGGACCUGCCUCCCUGACUCCAAUGAUGUGGUCCAGGCCAGAAAGGCUUAUGACCUCCAGAGUGACGCUGUCUACAAGGCAGACAUGGAAGACGUCAUUGGUGUUGGAUGGGUUCCUAUUGGGUCACUGGAUGUGCUGAAAGCCAAGAACGCUGCCAAAAUCCUCAGUGACCGUUUGUACAAGCAGAGCCCAGACACUCUGAAAUUCACCUCUGAUACACAAGCUAUCCCUAUGGUCCUUGCCAAAGCUAACGCUGACAUCAUGAACAAGAGGAAUUACAUUGCAGCCUGGGAAGCAGACAAGCUCAAGACCCAUGUUACUCCUGAUAUUCCUGAGAUUUUGCUUUCUAAGGCUAAUGCUUAUAACAUCAGCAGGAAAAUCUACAGAGAGGCUGUGGAGCAGAUGUUCAGGAAAGGCUACGAUAUGAAACCUGAUGCUGUUUCUGUUAUCGCUGCUAAACAUGGCAGAGAAAUCAUCAGUGAUUACAAGUACAAGACAGGAUACCGUAAGCAGGUUGGUCACCACAUUGGCGCAAGAUGUGUUCAGGAUGAUCCUCUGAUGAUGCUGGCUAUCAACUCCGCCAAAAUUGCCAGUGAUGCUUUGUACAAGAAGGACUUCAACAAAUCCAAGACCAAGUUCCACCUCCCAGUCGACAUGUUGAGUCUUGAAUUGGCCAAGAAAUGCCAAGUCCAAGUGAAUGAUUUCAACUACAGGACCAGGCUGCACAACUGGACCUGCCUCCCCGACUCCAAUGAUGUGGUCCAGGCCAGAAAAGUCUACGAUCUGCGCAGUGAUGCUGUGUACAAGGCUGAUAUGGAAUGGAUCAAGGGCUGUGGCUGGGUGCCCAUUGGGUCUCUCGAUGUGGAAAAGGCAAAGAAAGCUGCGGAGAUCCUGAGUGAGAGGAAGUAUCGCCAACACCCAAGCCUGUUCAAAGCUACAGCUCAGACCACAGACAUGCCCUAUGCACUGGCUAAAGCUAACGCUGAGAUCAUGAACCAGAAAGCCUACAUUGCUGCCUGGGAGAAAGAUAAGACACAGCUUCACAUUCAGCCCGACACUCCUGAGAUUGUCCUGUCCAAGCAGAACAAGAUCAACAUGAGCCUGAAACUCUACAAGGAGGGCUUCAUAAACAUGAUCAACAAAGGAUACUUCCUCCCCAAGGACGCUGUGUCAGUUUUGGCUGCCAAAGCCUCCAGAGAUAUUGUCAGCGAUUACAAAUACAAAGCCGGUUUCCGUAAGCAGUGUGGACAUCAUAUUGGAGCCCUCAGUAUCAAUGACGACCCCAUGUGUCUGCUGGCGGCUCAUGUAGCUAAGAUCGCCAGUGACAACAUCUAUAAGAAGGACUUCCACAAGACCAAGACAAAGUACAAUCUCCCUUCGGACCUGCUGUCUCUGGAGUUGGCCAAGAAAUGCCAGAUCCAAGUGAACGAUUUCAACUACAGGACCAAGCUGCACAACUGGACCUGCCUCCCCGACUCCAAUGAUGUUGUGCAGGCCAGAAAAGUCUAUGAUCUGCGCAGUGAUGCUGUGUACAGGUCAGACCUGGAGUGGCUGAGAGGCUGCGGUUGGUCUCCUCAGGACAGUGUUGAUGUCCUCAAAGUGAGAAAUGCCCAAAAGAUUCUGAAUGACCGUCUGUACAAACAGCACCCAAGCACUGUCAAGUUCACCAGCAUUGUGGACCUGCCCACCAUCGUCCUGUCCAAGCAGAAUGCAGACAAUAUCAGUGAUAGAAAGUACAGAGAGGUUUGGGAUAAAGACAAGCUCACCAUUCACAUUCCCCCUGAUGCCCCCACAUUUGAGCUGUCCAAGGCCAAUGCUGUGGCUAUCAGCAAUAAACUCUACACUCAAGCUUGGGAUGACCAGAAGGCCAAGGGGUACCACAUCAAGCAGGAUGCAGUGUCUGUAAUCAGAGCCAAAGCUUCUAGAGAUAUCGUCAGUGAUUACAAGUACCAUGAGGCCUACCGUAAGCAGGUUGGCCACCAUAUUGGAGCCAGAUGCGUUGAGGAGGAUCCACUGAUCAUGUUGGCAAUGCACGCUGUGAAAAUUGCCAGUGACAACAUCUACAAGAAGGACUUCAACAAAUCCAAGACCAAAUUCCACCUCCCCGUUGACAUGUUGAGCCUGGAGUUGGCCAAGAAAUGCCAAGUCCAAGUGAACGAUUUCAACUAUAGGACCAAGCUGCACCAGUGGACCUGCCUCCCUGACUCCAAUGAUGUUGUCCAGGCCAGAAAGGCUUAUGACCUCCAGAGCGAUGCUGUGUACAAAUCUGAUCUGGAGUGGCUCCGUGGUUGUGGCUGGAUGCCCCAUGAGUCUGUGGAAGUCAUGAAGGUGAAACAUGCCCAGAAGAUCCUGGCUGAUAGAGGUUACCGCGUGAAGUUGGAUGAACAGAAAUACAUUGUUCCCGUUGACAGAGUGGACCUUGAAUGUGCCAAGACUGCUGCUGCUGCUCUCAAUGAGGCCAAAUAUCGUGAGGCUUGGCACAGGGAUAAGAUCAAGUAUUCCCUGGUGGACACUCCAACCAUGGCUUCAGCCAGAGAGGCAGCCAAGCACAUUCACCCGAAACUGUACACCAAAGACUGGGACAAGGUGAAGGCCACUGGAUACUUCAUGCCUGGAGAUGCUGUGCCAAUCAAACAGUGCAUCACCACCUCUAAGGUCCAGAGCCAGUACAAGUAUCUGGAGAGCUACCGCAAGCAAGUUGGACAUCACAUUGGUGCCAGAUGUGUUCAGGAUGAUCCUCUGAUCAUGCUGGCCAUAAACUCGGCCAAAAUCGCUAGUGACGCUCUGUACAAAAAGGACUUCAACAAAUCCAAGACCAAGUUCCACCUCCCAGUUGACAUGUUGAAUCUUGAAUUGGCCAAGAAAUGUCAGAUCCAAGUGAAUGACUUCAACUACAGAACUAGACUGCACCAGUGGACCUGCCUCCCCGAUUCCAAUGAUGUUGUCCAGGCCAGAAAGGCUUAUGACCUCCAGAGUGACAAUGUGUACAAAUCAGAUCUGGAAUGGCUCCGUGGAUGUGGCUGGAUGCCUGCAGAGUCAGUGGACCAUGUCAAAGUCAGGAAGGCCCAACAAAUCCUCAAUGAUAGGAACUACAAGAAGAAUGCAAAGGAGUGCUUUGGAUUGUUCACUCUGAUCGUGGACCGCCCUGAGCUUGUUUUGGCCAGAGUCAACGCUGCCAACCUCAGUGACCUGAAGUACAAAGAAACCUUCAACGCUGAGAAGGGACACUACAUUGGAGCUGAAGACACUCCCCAACUCGCCCACAGCAGAGAGGUGUCCAAGAACGUCAGCGAGAAAUUAUACAAGAAACACUGGGAUGAGACUAAGGCAACAAGCUACCAGCUCAACCAUGAAUACAUUCCUCUGCUGAGUGGAAAGAAGGGCAGAGAGAUUGCUUCCGAUGUUAAGUACAAGGAUGCUCAUGAGAAGACCAAGGGACACUACAUGGCUGGAACCCUAAUAGACUUCCCUGAUGUGAUGAGGUGUGGAGAGCAGGAGAAGAACAAGGGGCUGAGGUUGUACCAGAAGGACUACCACACGACCAAGACCAAGACCCAUCUGCCUCCGGACAUCAUCGCCAACAAAGUGGCCAAGCGCUGCCAGGACAUGCUCAGUGACGUGCUGUACCGCACGUACCUGCACCAGUGGACCUGCCACCCCGAACAGGAGGAUGCCAUCCGGGCACGCAAGACCAACGAGAUCCUCAGUGAUGUCUAUUACAAGGAUGACCUGAACUGGAUGAAGGGCAUUGGCUGCUAUGUUUGGGACACUCCUGAGAUUAUCCGUGCCAAGAAAGCCUACGAACUGCAGAGCGACCUGAAAUACAGAGAUGAAGCCAAGAAGGAGUUCAACAACUACUCCAUUGUGACAGAUACUCCUGUUUAUGUGACUGCUGUACUGGGACAUACCUGGGCCAGUGAUCUCGCCUACAGAGAGGCCUACCACAAAGAGAAGCAUAUGUACACCACUGUCCUCGACACCUAUGACUACGCAAGAUGCCACAACUUCAAGUACUUCUUCAGCCAGAAAAAUUACACUUCUGCUUGGGACAAAAUCAAAGCCAAGAGCUACCAGAUUCCUAAAGACUCUCAGGCCCUGCAACACGCCAAACAUCAGAAAGUCAUCCUCAGCGGCGUCAAGUACAAGGAGGACUAUGAGAAGUUCAAGUCUCUGUACAGUUUGCCCAAGUGUCUGGAGGAUGAUCCCAACACGGCUCGCUGUGUCAAGACCGGAAAACUUGUCCUGGAUCGUCUGUACAAACACGACUAUGAAAAGACCAAAGCCAAGAACCACAUCCCUCCUGACAUGCUGGAGAUCCUGUCCGCCCGGAAGACUCAGUCCACGGUCAGCGGGAUCCACUACAGGAAGUACCUGCACCAGUGGAUGUGUCUGCCAGAUAUGCAAGUGUUUGGACAGGCCCGCAAGGUCAACGAGCAGCUCAGCGAUAUCUUCUACAAGGAUGAUCUGAACUGGCUGAGGGGCAUUGGUUGCUACGCCUGGGACACUCCUGAGAUCCUGAGAGUGAAAAAUGCAGGCAACCUGCAGAGUGAGUCCAAAUACAGAGCAAAGGGCAUUGAGGCAUUCAAGGAUUACACUGUGGUGACUGACACUCCAACUUAUGAAGUGGCCAAACAAAAUGCUGUCAACCUGAGUGAUCUCCACUACCGGUACGACUACAACACCAAUGUGAAGGGAACCAACACUGCUCCUGCUGUGACCAUUGAGUUACAGAGAGCUCGCUUGGCCAACUACAUCCAGAGCGAAAAACAUUACAAAGAGGCCAACCUGAAGUCAAUGCCUACUGGGUACUCCCUCCCCUAUGACACCCCCAUCCACAAGCAGGUCAAACACAACAGCAUCGUCACCAGCAACUUCAAGUACAAGGCAGCAUAUGAGAUGAUGAAGGCCAAGGCAUACACUCUUCAUCCCGAGGGAGUCAACUUUGUGACGACCAGAAAGGCCAACAAGAUCAUUAAUGAGCGUCUGUACAGGGAGCAGUGGCACAAGACCAAGGACAAGAUCCACAUAACCUACGACACUCCAGAGAUCAAGCAAGUCAAGAUGAACCAGAAUCAUCUCAGCGACUUGUGGUACCAUGAGAAGCACAAUGCCGCUAAGGGUCAGCUGAUCUCUAUGCCCAUCACUCCUCAACUUAUGCACUGUUACCAUGUCAACGAGAUCACCAGCGAUCUGAAAUACAAAGAGGACCUGUCUUGGCUGAGGGGCUUGGGCUGCUUCCUGUACAACACUCCUGAGAUGGUCCACGUUCGCAACAUCAGCAAAUUCAGGGCCAACUACCCGGUGGAGGCCAAGAAGAACCUGCAUAACUUCUCUGUUGUCCUCGACACUCCCGAGUACAAACGCGUCACUGAGCUCAAGACACACAUGAGCAACUUGAUCUACACAUCUCAGAGCAAAAAGGAAAUGGCCAAAGUCUCCACGACUCUGGACUGUGUCGACAUCAAGAGAGCCAAGUGGGCCCAGCAGCUCACCAACAAGUGGCAGUACACCAAUCUGGCUACCAAAGAGAGGGCCUUCUUCACUCCUGAGCUGGAAACUCCAACUAUGGGUCACUGCAGAAAGAUGAAAGUGGUCUACAGUGACAACAAGUACAAAGACCAGUAUGAGAAGAUGAAGCACAGAUACACUGCUAUUGCUGAUACUCCCAUCCUGAUCCGCGCCAAGAAAGCUUACCUGCAGUCCAGCGAUCUUCGUUACAAGGAGAGCUUUGAACUCGCUAAGGGCCACUACAGAACCGUCAAGGAUGCUCUGGACAUUAUCAUUCAUCGCAGAGUCACAGAUGACAUCAGUGAAGUCAAAUACAGGGAGAAGUACAUUAACUCUCUGGGAACCUGGAAGUCCAUCCCUGAUCGCCCCGAGUUCUUCUUCAGCAGAAUUGUCAACGAUAAUGUCAGCAAUGUCAAGUACAAGGAGGACCUGGAUUGGUUGAAGGGCAUUGGCUGCUUCGUGUGGGACACUCCUGAGCUGGUACAGGCCGAGAGGAACAAGGCCCUUUACAGUGAGAGAUUGUACAAAGCUUCCUAUGAGAAGAACAGAGGAAACUUCAAAUACACCUGUGACACACCGUUCUUCGAGGCUGCCAAGAACGCCUCCAUGCUCAUCAAUGACAGGCACUACAGAGCUAAAUAUGAGAAGACCAAAGAUAAGUUCACCAUCACCACAGAUGACCCUAGGUACCAGCUGGCCAGAGAGAACAGCAAGAUGAGCCAGAAAUUAUAUCAAUCCAAAGCAAAGGAGCAUCUCCGAAUUGGCUGCAAUGAGCUGUACAGGCCUGACAUCCUCACAGCCAUGUACAGUACCACUUUGGGCAGUAAGUGGAGGUACAGGGAGCAGUAUGAACGCGCCAAGGACAAGUUCACUUCAGUGCUGGAGACUCCAGAGUAUGAGACCCAUAAACGCAGCAAGAAGAUCAGCGACAUUAUUUACAAAAUGGAGUACAACAAGACCAAGGCUAAGGGCUACACUCUCCCCUAUGACACUCCCUACCAGAACCACAUGAAGAAAGUCAAGGAAAUCACCAGCAGUCUGAAAUACAAAGAGGUGUAUGAAAAAAGCAAAGCCCAGAUCAACAUGGACCCUGAAGCUCAUGAGAUCCGCGCCGCCAAAGAAGCCUACAAGAACAUCAGCAACCUGGAUUAUAAGAAGAAAUACGAAGCCACUAAGAACAAGUGGAUCUGGACUGCAGACAGACCCGACUUUGUCAACGCUGCCAAGAACACUCUGCAACAGAGCGAUGUUGAGUACAAAUAUGAUAAGGAGGCCAUGAAGGGCUGUGUCAUCCCAGUUGUUGAUGACAAGUUAACGAUUUUGUGCAAGAAGAAUGCUGAAAUGGCCAGUGAUGUGAAGUACAAGGAGAAGUAUGAGAAGGCAAAGGGCCACUAUGUCCCAGUCUCUGACACGCCUCAAAUCCUCCACGCCAAGUCCGUGCGCACUCUGGCUUCAGAGAGCAAGUACAAAGAGGCCAGUAAGAAGGAGAUGCAGAGUGGAUCUUUCACCACUCUGGCAGAGACCAGGGACACGCAGCACAGCAGGGAGAUCAACAAACUCAUCAGCGGGAAACUGUAUAAGGAGAAGUUUGAGAAGGAGAAGGGCAAGUCUGAGUACAACAACAUGACUGUUCCACCAGACGUGCAGCACGCCAUGGAUGUGGCCAAGAGCCAGAGCAAUUACUCGUACAAGAAGAAUGCUAAGGCUAACCUGUCCUAUACCACUGUAGUUGACCGUCCUGACAUCAGAAAGGCCACACAGGCUGCCAAACUCAUCAGUCACAUUGGGUACCGGGAUAAGGCUCGGGAGGAGGCAAGCAAAGGAGGCUCUCUGGCCCACCGUCCAGACAUAGCUCUGGCCACUGCAGUGUCCAAGCUGACCAGCCAGGUGAAGUACAAGGAAAAGUUUGACAAGGAGGUGAAAGGAAAGAAGCCGCAAUAUGACCUGAAGGAGGCCAAGAUCUACAAGACUUUGAAGGAUGCCAAUGACCUGGCUAGUGAGGUGAAGUAUAAGGGUGACCUGAAGAAGAUCCACAAACCAGUGACAGACAUGGCCGAGUCUCUGUCCAUGCAGCACAGUCUGAGCACCAGCAAACUCUCCAGCGAUUACCAGUACAAGAAGAAAUUUGAGGCGAGUAAGGGUCACUACCACAUGAUCACCGACACACCCGAACAACUUCACCACAAGGAGGCGUCAGAGCUGCAGAGCAAUGUGAAGUACAAGGAGAAGUAUGAGAAAGAGAAGGGAAAACCAAUGCUGGACUUCGAGACCCCAACUUAUGUGACUGCUAAGGAGGCCCAGCACAUGCAGAGCCAGAAAGACUAUAAGAAGGACUAUGAGGAGUCUAUGAAAGGCAGGAACCUCUCUGGACUGGAAGUUACCCCUGCAAUGUUACACGUACGACACGCCACCAAAAUAGCCAGCGAGAAAGAAUACAGGAAGGAUCUAGAGGAGGGAGUGAAGGGUAAAGGGUUGACUCUAUUGGAGGAAACGCCUGAUCUUUUGAGAGCCAGAAAUGCCACUCAGAUCCUGUCUGAGAGAGAGUACAAGAAGGCCCUGGAGCAGGAGAUCAAAGGCAAAGGCAUGUUGGCUCUCGCUACGGACACCCCCGACUUUAUGAGGGCCAGGAACGCUACCGACAUCCUCAGCCAGACUAAGUACAAGCAGAUUGCAGAGAUGGACAGAGCCAGUUACACCACCGUCAUCGAUACUCCUGACAUCAUCCACGCUCAGCAGAUGAAAAACAUCGUCAGCCAGAAAAAGUACAAGGAGGAGGCUGAGAGGACCAUGUCUCACUAUGUACCUGUGCUGGACACUCCGGAGAUGCAGAGAGUCCGUGAGAACCAGAAGAACUUCAGCACUCUUCAGUACCAGACAGACCUUAAAAACAUAAAAGGCAAAGUGUCUGCUGUGCAGGACACUCCAGAAAUACUACGUGUUAAAGAGAAUACAAAGAAUAUCAGCUCGAUUCAGUACAAAGAGGACUUGGGCGGAGGAACAGCUGUGUCUGAAACACCAGAGAUGGAGAGAGUCAAACGCAACCAACAAAACAUUAGCACGAUUCAGUAUAAGGAAGCACUGGGUCAGGGCACGUCCAUCCCAGAUCUGCCUGAAGUCAAGAGGGUCAAAGAGACACAGAAGAAUAUCAGCUUGAUUCAGUAUAAGGAAGCACUGGGUCAGGGCACGUCCAUCCCAGAUCUGCCUGAAGUCAAGAGGGUCAAAGAAACACAGAAGAAUAUCAGCUUGAUUCAGUAUAAGGAAGCACUGGGUCAGGGCACGUCCAUCCCAGAUCUGCCUGAAGUCAAGAGGGUCAAAGAAACACAGAAGAAUAUCAGCUUGAUUCAGUAUAAGGAAGCACUGGGUCAGGGCACGUCCAUCCCAGAUCUGCCUGAAGUCAAGAGGGUCAAAGAGACACAGAAGAAUAUCAGCUUGAUUCAGUAUAAGGAAGCACUGGGUCAGGGCACGUCCAUCCCAGAUCUGCCUGAAGUCAAGAGGGUCAAAGAGACACAGAAGAAUAUCAGCUUGCAUCAGUACAGAGAAGGUGUGGGCCAAGGCACCUCAGUCCCAGAAACUCCCGAGAUGGAACGGGUCAAACGCAACCAGCAAAAUAUAAGCACGAUCAAAUACAAGGAGAGCGUGGGGCGGGGCAUUGCCAUCCCAGACCUGCCCGAAGUCAAGAGGGUCAAAGAGACUCAGAAGCACAUCAGCUCGGUUUUGUAUAAGGACAGUUCAGUCAAAGGAACCCCAGUCGUGUUCACUCCUGAGAUGGAGAGAGUCAAAAGGAACCAGGAAAACAUUAGCUCGGUUUUGUAUUCGGACAGUUUCCGUAAACAGAUCCAGGGUAAAGCCGCCUUUGUCCUGGACACGCCUGAGAUGAGACGCGUCAGAGAGACACAGCGCAUUAUUUCUGGAGUGAGGUAUCAUGAGGACUUUGAGAAGACCAAAGGCAGUUUCACAUCCACCGCAACGGACCCAGUGAUGGACCGCGUGAAGAAGAACACUCAGGACAUGAGCGACGUGAGCUACAGGGGAAUACAGCGCCGCGUAGUGGAGAUGGAGAGGAGGCGUGCCAUCGAGCAUGACCAGGAGACCAUCACCGAUCUGCGUGUGUGGCGCACCAACCCUGGCUCUGUAUUUGACUAUGACCCUGCUGAGGACAACAUCCAGUCUAGGAGUCUGCACAUGAUGUCAGUUCAAGCCCAGAGGCGCAGUAAGGAGCACUCCCGUUCCACCAGUGCUCUGAGUGGAAUGGCUGAUGAGAAAUCUGAAGUGUCCCAGGACCCAGACCACCACAUGUCCCUGUACAGCAACGGCUUCAUGACCUCCUCUGCUGGUUACCAGCACGCUCGCACCGUGGAGCUGCAGCAGAGAUCUUCUUCUGUGGCCACUCAGCAGACCACUGUGUCCUCUGUGCCCUCCCACCCCUCCACCACUGGAAAAACGGUGCGUGCCAUGUACGACUACACUGCUGCUGACAGCGAUGAGGUUUCCUUCAAAGACGGAGACGUGAUCGUGAACGUUCAGUCCAUUGACGAGGGCUGGAUGUACGGCACAGUACAGAGGAGCGGCAAAACUGGAAUGCUCCCUGCCAACUAUGUGGAAGCCAUUUAAAGACCCCCCAAUACCACCUUCUACACCAGGGGGCACUACAUCCACAUCCUGCUAAUGUCCUCACCAACGUGGCUUAGUGCAAUGUGUAGCUCUUAGAUUAGCUUAGCACUAUUUUAAUGUUUGUUCUGUUUUGUCUGUGCAUCUGUGGGUGUUAUGACCUAUACACUUAUAUAAAUAUGAUAUAAAUAUACUACUGUGUCUACUCUUCUCACCAGCUCGAACCAAAUCGAACUAGAUUCACUCACAUUGUACAUUAAUUAUUGAUAUAUUUCAUUUAUGCAACACCAAAGGCCCUUAAACUGUAAUGACAGAUGACGUGAAAUACUAUGAAACUAUGAGGAUUUAGGAGUUCAGAUUGAAUGAACUGAAGUGAAGCUAAGCCACAGUCUUUCCUCCUGAAGGCUGGUCCAUGAUAAGACUAGAGUGUGUUUUUGAAUGUUUUGGUCGUGGUUUAGGCCUUGAUCAGUAGCUAAUAAAGCACACUACGCUCAAUACUCUGUCUAGUUCUCUUUAUUUACGUUUUAUUUAUAUGUUUGCCACCUGCUUAUCUCCAUGGGAAUGUUAAAGGCCCUAUAUUACACUAAAUUGACUUUUGUGAGCUUUAAAUCAUGCUAGAAUAUUGUUA